CAACUUUUAAUGCACAUUCGUUUUCAUAAAAGGUCAUAUCACGUUUGCUGAGAUCGGAUUGGCUGUUUACUUAAAAUCUGAUAAGAUUAAUACGGAAUAUAGGUAAUUGACAGGAUAUGUCAGCUUGUCAGCUAUGUGAUAGGCGAGUAUAGAAAAACAAGAUAGCUAAAAGUGUUUGUCAACGUUAAAACGUAAUCGUCUUCUUCCAUUAAAAUAUGCCAGGGGUUACAGAGAUGUCGUUGGAUCAUAUGUUUUGUUCCCGGUGUAGAGAAGGUUUUGUUGCGCAUGAGAAAAUUGUUAAUUCAAAUGGUGAAUUGUGGCAUCCACAGUGUUUUGUGUGCGCGCAAUGUUUCCGGCCAUUUCCAGAUGGAAUCUUUUAUGAAUUUGAAGGAUACAAAUAUUGCGAGCAUGACUUUCAUGUUCUGUUUGCACCAUGUUGUGGCAAGUGUGGCGAGUUUGUUAUUGGCCGCGUGAUUAAAGCGAUGAAUUCAAACUGGCACCCACAAUGCUUCCGCUGCGAAGAAUGUAAUGGUGAAUUGGCGGAUGCAGGCUUUAUCAAGUGUCAAGGUAGAGCCUUAUGCCAUACGUGCAACGCUAAUGUGAAAGCUGGUGUACUUGGAAAACAUAUAUGUCAUCAAUGCCACGGAGUAAUCGAUGACAAACCUUUACGGUUCCGUGGUGAACUUUAUCAUCCUUAUCAUUUCAAUUGCACAACUUGUGGUAUAGAACUCAAUUCCGAAGCCAGAGAAGUCCGUUCUCGACCUGGCUAUGCUGCCAAUGAAAUGAACGAACUCUAUUGUUUGCGGUGUCACGAUAAAAUGGGAAUCCCAAUUUGUGGCGCCUGCCGACGUCCUAUCGAAGAACGCGUGGUAACGGCACUUGGCAAACAUUGGCAUGUGGAGCAUUUUGUAUGUGCUAAAUGCGAAAAACCCUUCCUAGGUCAUCGACAUUACGAGAAAAAAGGUCUUGCUUAUUGCGAGAUUCAUUAUCAUCAAUUGUUUGGGAAUCUCUGCUUUGUCUGUAAUCAGGUUAUCUCUGGAGAUGUUUUCACGGCGUUAAAUAAGGCAUGGUGCGUUCAUCACUUUGCAUGUGCAUUCUGCGACCAGAAGAUGAAUCAGAAAACAAAGUUCUUCGAGUUUGACCUAAAGCCUGCGUGCAAGAAGUGCUAUGAUAAGUUUCCGCAAGAAUUGAAAAAGCGGAUGCGACGUAUGUACGAUCUGAAUCCUAAGAGAAUUCCACCAGCGUAAAUGCAGAUCUGGGCUUGGACUCUUCUGUGUGAAUCUCUCAAGAUUUAAUCAAUACUCAUUGAUUUGCUUGUAGUGCCUUAUUUGUUUUAGUAUUAAUAUAAAAAAACUACAUUUAACUAUUUGUCAUAUAUUGUAAGCUAUGUAGAGCCUACCAAACUACUUAUUUAUCAGUUGCGACACUUUGACAUAAUUGCUAUAAUUACUUUUUAAUAUAACUUAUAUUUGAAAAGGUAUGAAGUGUAUCUUCGAUUUAAAAUAUUUUUUCUAAUUUGUGGCAUCUAUGAAUAGGAGAGUGUGCAAUAAUGCUUCUAUAUGUAUACAUUUUGUGUAUGUGAAGCAUAACAUUAGUUACACUCGACACACACACACACACACACACACACACACACACACACACACACACACACACAUCUAUAUACACAGGGUGUAACUAAAAUAAAGUAUAAUAAUAAACUUCGGAGCCAAGCUUCCCACACCAAACGUAAAAAAAAAAUUCACAUGAACAUAUGUCUGUAAGUCCACUGUUACGUAACUGAGAGAUAUAUAUAUAUAUAUAUAUAGGAUGUUUCAGACCUAACGAAUCACCUGCUAAUGGCAGAUUCCUGAAGUUGUUUUGAGACUAAAAUUCUAAUAACAAAAUGUUGAGGCUAU